UUCUAGGGUUUUACCCGCCCCAACAGCGCCCCUUCCUUCCCCUCCCCAUCCCCCUUCAACAACAGCAGCGCCGCCGCCGCCACCGCCACCGACUCUCCGGGAGCGUCGCCGGGGUAGAGCGCCAUGGAUCGGUACCAGCGGGUGGAGAAGCCGCGGCCCGAGGCCGCCGCCAUCAGCGAGAACGAGAUCCGCAUCACCACCCAGGGCCUCAUCCGCAACUACGUCACCUACGCCACCUCCCUCCUCCAGGAAAAACGGGUUAAAGAAAUUGUGCUGAAGGCUAUGGGCCAGGCUAUAAGCAAGACAGUGGCUAUUGCAGAGAUCAUAAAGAAGAGGAUUCCUGGGUUGCAUCAAGAUGCAAUAAUCAGUUCUGUCAGUAUUACUGAUGUAUGGGAGCCCAUUGAGGAAGGCCUUGUACCAUUGGAGAUGACUCGUCAUGUUUCAAUGAUCUCAAUUUCCUUAUCGCCUAAGGAGCUUAACAAGAAUUCACCUGGGUAUCAAGCUCCUCUGCAUUCUGAACAAGUUAAGCCACAAAGAUACCAGCAACCUCAGCAAUAUCAACAGCACCAGCCAAGACAAAAUCAAGGUCAAACAGAUUCAUAUGGACGCGGCCGAGGUAGAGGCCGGGGACGAGGAAGGGGCUGGGGUGGCAGGGGUGGGUAUGGUGGAGGCUAUGGUGGAUAUGAGUACGAUAACCAAGGAGGUUAUGGCGGAUAUGGACACCCAGGAGGAUAUGGACAUCAAGGUGGAUAUGGCAACCAGGGAGGAUAUGGCCACAACCAAGGUGGUUAUGGGGGUUACGGUUACAACCAAGGUGGAUAUGGAGGAUACGAAAAUGGUGGUGGCUGGAACUACAACCGGAGCAGAGGAGGCGGUGGUGGCCGAGGGCGGGGCAAUUGGGGCUAUGGUGGUCCUGGAUAUGACCGUGGUGGCAGAGGUGCAGGUGGCCCAGGCGGCAGGGGCUAUGUGCGAGGCCGUGGACGAAUGGGUGGUGGCCGUGGGCGGGGCAAUCAAAACUACUAGAUUAUCAAGGGUUGGAUGUGCCUAACCCUCUCCUGGUUUCUGUAUGUCAAUGGAAAGGGGAAAAAAAGAUAAGGGCGCUUUCCAUUGCUGGAACUGUAGUGCUGUUCCCAGCUUCUCCCGGAUUUUAGUAUAAUGGUCAAUGGUGCUUGUACCAUUGCUUCAAUUCUGUGGGAUUUUGACAUGAGUGUUAAGUUUUCCCUGGGACACCUUUCCUGUAUUUAAGAGUGCAUUUUUGAUAGUUUAUCAGUAAUCCAGUUUCAGCCUGUUGCAUUCC